AUGUCAUUAGAUGCUUUGUUGAACAGUGACGAAGGUCAUACAACAACUCGUCAAGAGUUUCUAUGUCGAAUGAAAGAAAGGUUUAGUCGCAUAUGCCAUAGGGAUGUUCGUGAGCAACAGUAUCAAGAUUGGAAGUAUCUUAGUUAUCAGGAGUUUGAAUUAGUAAAUGAGUGGAGUGGUCAAAGUCGUGAUUUGACCAUUAAUCAAUGUGAUCAGUUACUUACCCAUGUUAAGAGUGCACAAGAUGAAUGGCUAGGUUAUGAAGAGUUUUUAUUAGGGCGUGAUAAAGUUUUGGCUGAAGUUGAGGAGCAGCAAGAGGAGGAGCAGCAAGAGGAGGAAGAUAGGGAGAAAGGACAGGUGAAGCUGGGUGACGGUAAAAAGAGUGGUAAGAAGGGGGUGGUUGCUGGUGCUGAGAUUGUUUUGAAUGGCGGUAGAAAGGGAAGUGUUGCUCGCGUUGAGGAAGAGGAGGUUAUUGAGGACGGGGAGGAGGAUUUGAAUGACGAGGAAGAGGAGGACGAGGAAGAGGAGGAAGAAGAGGAGUUGGAGGAUCUGGAAGACAUCCAAUUGAUUGAUGAUGACAACGAUAAGGACUUCUCGCCUGAGGGCGGGCGGACUAAAUCGGCUAUUAAGUUGAACACUAAGAUCGACAUCAACUCCGAUAUUGCGCUGAUACAGAAGGAGCUGGGUAAGAUGACGCAGAAGCAGAAGAAUGCGAAGGCCAAGAAGCGUAAGUUUACCAGUUGUGUAGUUCAGAGCUACGACUGGGAGCACCAGAAGAUUGAGGUGAAGGUCACGUUGAAGCAGCUCCAUAUAAGGCGGUUGAAGCGGUUGGUGAAUGAGGCCAAGCGGAAGCGCUCUGCUGAGGAAGCUGCAGUCAAUGAACAGCAAGCCAGUUCCUCUAAGAAAAGGAAAACAGGGCAGAAGUCUAAACCGCCUGGUACUGCUUCUGGAGAGGACGGCGCUUGCGCUCCUGAUUCUGCGGCAACAGGGGUCGGAUUCAAGACGAAUGGAGAUGCCGAUUCUGUGGAAGCUCAAGCUGCUGUUAUUCCUGAUAUCAAUCCCACUACAGGACUACCUACAUAUGGUAUGAAAAUGACUGCGAAGGAGGCCAGAGCUAUACAGAGACACUACGAUACAACUUAUAUUACUAUCUGGAAAGAUAUGGCACGUAAGGAUUCUGCAAAGAUGUCUAGGCUGGUGCAGCAGAUCCAGUCUAUUAGAUCCGCAAACUUUAAGAAGACUUCUUCGCUUGUGGCCAGGGAAGCUAGAAAAUGGCAGACGAGAAACUUCAGGCAGGUUAAGGAUUUCCAGACUAGAGCUCGUAGAGGUGUUAGAGAAAUGUUGAGUUUCUGGAAGAAGAAUGAGCGUGAGGAGCGCGAAUUGAAGAAGAAGGCCGAGCGUGAAGCAAUUGAGCAGGCUAAGAAGGAGGAAGAAGAAAGAGAGUCUAAGAGACAGUCAAGGAAGUUGAAUUUCUUGUUGACUCAAACUGAAUUGUAUUCGCAUUUCAUUGGUAGCAAGAUCAAAACUAGUGAGCUGGAAGGAAAUAUGGGUGAUUUUUCUAUUGCUUCCGUUUCGGUGGAAAACGCUACGAAUUUACUAAAAACUGAAUCCAAGAAGACUGCCAUUAACACAAUUGACUUUGAUAACGAAGAUGACGAGGAAUUGCGUCGCAAAGCAGCCCAGAAUGCUUCUAACGCAUUGAAGGAAACUCAAAAUCAAGCAAAUGCAUUUGAUCAAGAAAAUGGUGGCAAUGAUGAGGAACUUAACUUCCAAAAUCCUACAUCGCUUGGUGACAUUACAAUUGAUCAGCCUAAAAUGUUGGCUUGCACUUUGAAGGAGUACCAAUUGAAGGGUUUAAAUUGGUUAGCAAACUUGUAUGAUCAAGGUAUCAAUGGUAUUUUGGCAGACGAAAUGGGUUUGGGUAAAACUGUUCAGUCUAUUUCUGUUUUGGCGCAUUUGGCUGAACGCUAUAAUAUCUGGGGACCAUUUAUUGUUGUUACUCCAGCGUCUACCUUACAUAACUGGGUGAAUGAAAUACAAAAGUUCGUCCCUGAUUUCAAGAUCCUACCAUAUUGGGGUAAUGGUAAUGACAGGAAAGUGUUGAGAAAAUUCUGGGAUAGAAAGCACUUACGUUAUAAUAGGGACGCUUCAUUUCAUGUCAUGGUCACAUCUUAUCAGAUGGUUGUAUCUGACGCUGCUUAUUUGCAAAAAAUGAGGUGGCAGUACAUGAUAUUGGAUGAAGCACAGGCAAUUAAGUCAUCUCAGUCUUCCCGUUGGAAGAAUUUAUUGAGUUUCCACUGUCGUAACAGAUUAUUGUUGACAGGUACCCCAAUUCAAAAUAGUAUGCAAGAAUUAUGGGCAUUGUUGCACUUUAUUAUGCCUUCUUUAUUUGAUUCUCACGACGAAUUCAACGACUGGUUUUCAAAAGAUAUCGAAUCGCAUGCGCAGUCUAACACACAGUUGAAUCAACAACAGUUGCGUCGUUUGCAUAUGAUUUUAAAACCUUUCAUGUUAAGACGUAUAAAGAAAAAUGUCCAAUCUGAAUUAGGUGAUAAAAUAGAAAUUGAUGUGAUGUGUGAUCUAACCUUUAGACAGGCCAAACUAUAUCAAGUGCUAAAAUCUCAGGUUUCAUCCGCUUCAUAUGAUGCCAUAGAGAAUGCAGCAAGUAGUGGAAGUGGGGAUGAGACAGGAAACUCGUUGCCUACGUCUGAUUCCAAGAUUAUGAAUACUGUUAUGGAGUUUAGAAAAGUUUGUAAUCAUCCAGAUUUGUUCGAGAGAGAGGACGUUAGGUCACCAUUUGCAUUUAGUAGUUUUGGUCAGGGUGCCGUUAGAGGGGGGGAUAUUAUUGACAUGCAGUAUUCAUCAAAAAGCCCUAUAGAUUACCAUUUGCCAAGGCUAAUCUAUGAUGAUAUUAUAUUGCCGAAUUAUCAAAACGUUGUUGAUAUGAGGAAUAAACUAUUGUUCCAUACUAUGAAUAUUUUCCACCCUUCUACGUCGUCCACGCUUUGUGGUAAGCUUUCCAAAAUAACUGGUGAUGCUCCAGGUUCCUUAAUACAAUUGUCUCACAAAAGUUUUAUGGAAAGAACACUUGAUUUGUUUCCAACUCAAAAUCCUCUAAAAGAUAUUAUACCCAUUGUUUAUAGCGAAGAGGAUGAUGAUAUUUCUCCAUUACAAAGGUCUUUGUUGAUCACGAACAAAAUCAAUUACUUGGAAAAUUUAUCUCGUACUACGCAAAAUGGUGUCUUAGAGGCCUUGUUGAAUAUUAAAGCGAAGUGCUAUGAGGACCAAUAUUUAAAUGUAAUGCGUCCCGCAUACUGUCCUGCUGUUUCAGCUCCGCCUAUUAAUCUGCAUGUUUUAGGCUCCAGAAACUUCAUGAUUAGAAAAGAGGAAGAAAUGUUUGAUCCAAGAAUAUGCCAAAGUUUAAGUAUUAUCCCUCCAGUUAUACAAAAUCGGAUAGUACAAAAGCUUGAUAGUGAUUUUGUUGGAUUACCUACCUGUGAACUAUUCCCAGCUCCGCUCAAUAAGAGUUUCUCGUCUUAUAUUUCAAUGCCAUCCAUGGAUAGAUUUAUUACCGAGUCUGCAAAAUUGAAGAAGUUAGAUGAACUUCUAGUUAAACUAAAGGAAGGUGGUCACCGUGUUUUGAUUUACUUCCAGAUGACAAGAAUGAUGGAUUUGAUGGAAGAGUAUUUAACAUACAGGCAGUAUAACCACAUUAGGUUAGAUGGUUCUUCCAAACUAGAGGAUCGUCGUGACUUAGUUCAUGAUUGGCAAACGAAAUCAGAAAUCUUUAUAUUUUUGUUGUCUACAAGAGCAGGUGGUUUAGGUAUCAAUUUGACAUCAGCGGACACAGUUAUUUUCUUUGAUUCUGACUGGAAUCCAACUAUUGAUUCCCAGGCAAUGGAUAGAGCGCAUAGAUUGGGUCAAACAAGGCAGGUUACUGUAUAUAGAUUGUUAGUUAAGGGAACCAUUGAGGAAAGGAUGAGAGAUAGAGCAAAACAGAAAGAACACGUCCAACAGGUUGUUAUGGAAGGCAAGACCAAGGACAACAAUGUUCAAACUGUAUUAGCGAAUGGUAAACCACUAGAAUCUGAACAGAGUCCUCGAGUCUAG